AUGGAGCGCGCCCUAAGACGGUACGUGAAAUCCCACGGGUAUGCAAUCGCCAUAUCUGCCCUGUUUUUCGGCUGCAUCUACGUCGCCAGUAUACUCAACGAAGAUCAGCUGAGUCGCACCGCUAGCGAAUAUGCUUUCUUCCGCUCACGACCGCUCGAGCAGUUGAUCUUUUCGAUCGCGUGGAUCGUCGCCGGGUUGAUCUUCCUGCUGGGGCUGAUCUGCGAGCGUAAGGAGGCGAUCUUUCCGUUCGCCACCAUCUUUCUGGUCGAGUGGAGCCUCAUUCUGGUGCAGCUGGUCGGCAAGCUGGAGCACCGGAACCUGCUCGAGGUGUUCCUGUCGGCCGAGGCGGCAGUGUUUCUACUGGUGCCGUUGUACGUGGGAUACACGCUGGUCAUGCUGUACCGUGCGUUUGACAGUCUGUGCAAAGAUGACGAAGACAUCGAGCAGGCACGGCGUCCGGUGAAGUUCUUUUUCGGCGAAGAUCCCGACGAUACGUACAGCUAG